CUCGCUCGGCAGCCGGCACUACAAAAGCAAAUCCUCUCUCUCCAUUGUUGCUCAUCCUUUUCUCCGACUCCGAGUCUCUUAAACCCUUUUGACAUCAUCAUCUUCAUUACAACAAAAACAACAACAACAACCAUCUCGUUCUCAUUUUCAAAACCCUUCAAAAAUCUUUCUCACAUACUCUCCAAAGACUAAGAAGUUUAGGCUUUAAGAAUGUGUGGCGGUGCUAUACUUGCUAAUCUCAUUCCUCCUCGCAAACCAGGCCGUGUCGGCGGUGUCGCUCCCUCUGAUCUCUGGCUCAAUGUUAAGUUCAACCCCUUCGAGUCAAAUCUGAGCCGACUCGGCCAUGCUGACCCAGCCCCUCUUAAACGACCACAGCCCGCUUCAGGUGAUGUGUACAAAGAAGCUGCUGCCGAGAAGCCAGGAAAGAGGCAAAGGAAGAAUCUGUACAGAGGGAUUCGGCAGCGCCCGUGGGGCAAAUGGGCCGCAGAGAUACGCGACCCGAGGAAAGGGGUUCGCGUCUGGCUCGGCACUUUCAACACCGCUGAGGAAGCGGCCAGAGCCUACGACCGAGAGGCCCGCAAAAUCCGUGGAAAGAAAGCCAAAGUCAAUUUCCCCAACGAAGACGACCACGAGGACAGCUACUGCUUCACCUCCACCCAAAGUCGCCGUAAUCCGCCCAGCACCAGCUUUCCUCAUCAUCAACCCCAUCAUGCCGCUGAUUUGAACAAUAGCUUUUCAGAACGUUCGGGUUUGGGAUUUGGUUACGAUCUGAACCAGAUUGGAGGAUAUGGGUCUGAUGGGUUUGAGCCAGUUGGGGCAGUGAACGCUAACGACCUAAUCAUUGAUGAGAUUUCUGGGUCUGGGUCAGAGGAGGGCCAUUCAUCGACUGGGUUGCUUUGCGCGAAUGGUCAGGAGGUGAAGGCCAAAGAGGAAGAGAAAGCGAUUGAGGAAGAGAACGAGGUGCAGAAGCUCUCUGAGGAGCUGAUGGCGUACGAGAACUUCAUGAAGUUCUAUCAGAUUCCGUGCUACGAUGGCCAGUCGCCAGCGCCACCGCCCAACGCUGCUCAGGAAAAUAUGGUGGCUGAUCUCUGGAGCUUCGAUGACGAGGAGGUCGCUCUUGGCUCUGUGACCUCUUCGGCUAUGUAACGGUGUCGUUUGACUCGUUUGUUAUCAAAUUUUUGGGUCUUGUUUGGUUGGGUGGAAAUGUGGAAUAAUGUAAAAUUUAUUUGGGGAAUUAGAUGGUCUUGUUCAUUAGUUCUUGCUUCGUAAGAUUACACCUGAUGUUGAUAGAAAGCAAGAGAAUGUCUUUAAUUUCUCUAAUUUCCCAAAUUAAAUUGUUUAAAUUUGAUAUUUGUUUAGUUUGAUUAUUCCUUAAUUAAUGUUCUCUGACCAUUGCAUGUU